CCGGCCCGGCCCGGCAUGGAGAGCGCGCUGCGGCGGGAGCUGCGCACCGCGCGGCUGCGGCCGGCCGGGCACGCGGGGGGCGGCUGCAUCAGCCAGGGCCAGAGCUAUGACACGGACCGCGGGCGGGUGUACGUGAAGAGCAACUCCAAGGCGGAGGCUAGAAGAAUGUUUGAGGGAGAAAUGGCAAGUUUGGAAGCCCUCUUGAAAACACAGACCAUAAAAGUGCCUAAACCCAUCAAAGUUAUAGACGUGCCUGGGGCCAGUACUCUGUUUGUGAUGGAACAUUUGGAAAUGAGAGGCUUGAACAGACAUUCAGGAAAGCUUGGAACACAACUGGCUGAUCUCCAUCUUCAUAACCACCAACUUGGAGAGAAGCUGAAGAAAGAAGAGAACACAGUUGGUAAAGGGCAAGGGCAAAUGGAAGUCCAGUUUGUGGAUCAGUUUGGCUUUCAUACAGUUACCUGCUGUGGCUAUCUUCCACAGGUGAAUGACUGGCAGAAUGACUGGGUGACUUUCUUUGCCAAGCAGAGAAUCCAGCCUCAGAUGGACAUGAUUGAAAAGAAUUCAGGAGACAGGGAAGCAAGAGAACUUUGGGCACAACUUCAGCUGAAGAUACCCAGUUUGUUCUGUGGCAUAGAAAUUGUUCCUGCUCUCCUGCAUGGAGAUCUCUGGGGAGGAAAUGUAGCUGAGGAUGAUUCUGGUCCCAUUAUCUUCGAUCCGGCUUCAUUCUAUGGCCAUUCAGAGUAUGAGCUUGCAAUUGCUGGGAUGUUUGGUGGCUUCAGCAAUUCUUUUUACUCUGCUUACCACAGUAAAAUUCCCAAAGCUGCAGGGUUUGAGGAACGCCUAAAGCUUUAUCAGCUUUUUCACUACAUGAACCACUGGAACCAUUUUGGUGCGGGGUACAGAGGGUCUUCUAUAAACAUUAUGAGAAACCUUAUCAAAUGACUUUUGCUUAAUCAGCAUAUUUUCUAUGUUGCUUGGAAAACCCCUAUGUGGUGGUGCAACUACAGGAGUAGUCAUGUUAAAAAAUAGCUCCUAGACCCCUGACUUUGUUGCACAGCUAAAUACCUAGGAUCAGUGAGUCCUGCUGAAUACCAAGUGUAGCACAGUCAUCCCUUCUUAGGGUAAUAGGGAAUAACUUUAUGAAGGAAAUGUCUAAGGAAGGAGUUUAUUCAGUUGGACAAACCAUCUUUUGAUGUCAUGAAGGCAUUGUAUGCUUGAGACUAGGCAAAUUAAUACAGAUCAAACACUGAAGUGUAAAUUCUUAGGAAGAAGUUCUUCCUUAGGGACCAGGUGUCCUUCAGAGUAGAAAAAUACCAAAGUUUGCAUGUGCACCUCAUGGAAGAUAGAGAAGCGGCUUUUCUCAGUUACUGAGGAGAUAGCUAAAAGAAAGCUCAUUCCUUUUUGCUGCCUCCCCUGCCACUACUUUCUGAUAGAUUGCUGAAACUUUUUGAGCUCUUCAUGUCCAGUUACGUGCAUGAAAACAAUGUUAACAAAAUAUUUUGAAACUCAACAAGAAAAUUACGUAAUGGGAACUGUAAAAAAUUAUUUGGGCUUGCUGUUGUGAUUCUAUUGGAUUGACACUGCUUCCUGUUCUGCUACAAAGCUGUGUGAAAAUGCUUUUGAUUUGUUCUGGCAUGUGCAUUUUGGUGCCUCAGAGCAUUUGUGUAGGCUGUUCUGUGAGUGCUGAUCAGUGGGCUCUUAACUAGAGCAAUUCUUUUUUCUACCAGAACUAACUGUCUCUUCUGUUUUGGAUUAUGCUUUUGUCCAGUACAGUAGUGUGCAUUCUUAAAAGAUCUUUUCAGGUAAGACACUUACUUUAUAUGUCCACAUGCUGUGACGAUGCACUCUCUCACCAAUACAAACAGAAGAUGUACUUUUUGACUGUUGUCAUUGCCCACAGAAUAAUGCUAUCUGGUCGUGGUACAGGCUUCACAUGGAUUCUCUGUAGUUUAGCCUACAGGUGCCAUCAGCUCACGUUUUCCUUCAGUUCCCAUUAAAUGCAAUUUGUAACUCUUGGCAUAAAGAGACAUGAAACCAAAAGAAGCUAAAGUGUAACUGGUAAUGAUACUUGAGUGCAAGCAUACCAGGUAGGUGAGGGAUGCAUGAUUCCUAACACGCAUUUUGAGCAUUUGAGAAUGACUUUCAAUAGUUAAAAAAGGUUUGUAGUGGAUGUUGGCAGAUUACUGAGGGGUUUUUUGCUGCUAGUUUUGCAGUUUAUAAGAAUUGGAAGUAAGAGACUAUCACUUGAUAAAACUGUCUCUCCUCACUGGCUGCUUACUGCUACAAAAAAGUUUUAAAGCCUUGCUUGGUAGAAUAGCUUUUACUUUUUACCCUGUUACUUAAAUAAAAAGUUUCCCAGGUGA